AUGGCUUUACAUGAUACAGAGACUAGAGAAUACAGACACUGUAUAGCUAGAGAGAACACAAAGACUAUAGAGAGGAUAAAAAGUAUUUUCACAGAGAACAUAUCGCAAUGGCUCGUACAAAGCAGACCGCCCCGUAAAUCCACUGGAGGAAAAGCUCCAAGAAAACAACUUGCCACCAAGGCCGCCCGUAAGAGCGCACCUGCCACUGGUGGAGUAAAGAAGCCACAUAGAUACAGGCCAGGAACAGUCGCUCUUCGUGAGAUCAGAAGAUACCAGAAAAGUACUGAACUCCUCAUCAGGAAACUCCCCUUCCAGAGAUUAGUUCGUGAAAUUGCUCAAGACUUCAAGACUGAUCUACGUUUCCAGAGCUCUGCCGUUAUGGCCCUCCAGGAAGCCAGUGAAGCUUACCUCGUUGGUCUUUUCGAGGACACCAACUUGUGUGCAAUCCACGCCAAGAGAGUCACCAUCAUGCCCAAAGACAUCCAGUUGGCUCGCAGAAUCCGUGGAGAACGUGCUUAA